ACCACCUUGAUGCCGAACAUUCGCGGUCUGAUGCCUUUGGUGGCGCUUCUUUUCGCUCCAUAUGCUGAAAUGAGAGUUGACCGUGAGAUGCGUCAGUAUACAGGAGCAUUAGUUGGCUUGGGGUUCGAUCCCAGUACAGGCGAAGCUCUUCUUCCAGAUCACGACAGUGAGCUUGUGUUUGACGUGGAGAUUACGGAGGAUGACAUAAUCGGGAUCAACUCGCUGCGUACGGCCAUCAACUUGGCAUUCCAGAGUGAGCAGCAGAUGGCUGAGUGGGGAACUCCAGCUGUGGAGAGAAUUCAGAAAGCUAGCAGAUCCAAGAUCUUAGAGUAUGCUUUACUGUUAUUUCAGUGUAUCAGUGAUCUCAUUUGUGUUCUUUGUAAGCUGUGUUUUUUGGGCAAGGGAAGGCGCGUCCCAUCCAGGGGGGAGUAGA